UUCAGAGUGGCGCCAUGUGGAGGUGCAUCAGUAUGGACUGCAUCAGUAAUCUGAGGAAUCAUGAAUGGUGCUGAAUGUUUUGUAGUCAUCAGUGAACAUCCCCACUUCUGACCUAUGGUGGAGGAGAAGGACAGUGAUGAAAUGGCUGAAAAUUAUUGGACCAAAGACUCUACCCUGAGGAACUCUUUCAGAGACAUCAUGGAGCUGAGAUAACUCACACAACCAUAAUUAUCUUCAUUUGUGCCAGAAACCUCAAUGCUAUUGUGUACUUUUCGUGGGCUAUACAAAUAUCUGGUUGUCGUCAUAUUUAGCAGACUGUCUGUAUUCAGUAAAAGAUCUCCCGAUCAGACCUUCAUAUGUACUACUUGCUUCAAUCACAAAGAUGAAGUUAAUCCUUUCCAGCAUUGUGAAUGGUUGUCGCUAUGGUAAAUUGAUUGAAGUAGGACGAAAUGGCAGUAAAAGUGUAGACAUUCCUGGCUGCCUGCUUUAUACCCGGACAGGCAGUGUUCCACAUCUUACCCAUGAUACACUCAGCCUUAUAGAAGGAGUUCCUGAACCUGUGCACCUGACAUUAUCAACAGUUGCUGAGCACCAUGAAGUUCUGGAGGAGUACAAAGAAGGAAUUGGAAAAUUCAUAGGUAUGCCAGAGUCAAUUCUGUACUGUUCUUUGCAUGACCCAGCUAGUCCAUGCCCAUCAGGAUACAACACAAACAAAACUGUAUCGGUUUGGGGUGGAGGUGGACGAAUUGAAAUAACUUUGUCAAAGUUUAUGGCAAUGCAACAAGCCUUCAAACCUGACUGGUACCAAAGUAUGGCAGAUGGAGAGCCUCUUCCUCCAGGAGCAUCAAGGAAAAGGGUAAAAAAAUCAGUGGAUCGUACUCUUGGCUUCUUGGAUUGUUGCCUCAAAGAGCAUCAGAAUUCAGAGGUGCUGAAGAACAGUGAGAUUCUGGGUGUAAUAGAAGGAGGAGAUAUUCUUGAAGAACGACUGAGGUCCGUUAGAGAAACUAUAAAGAGGCCAGUUGGAGGUUUCCUUUUAGAUGGUUUUCAGGCAGAGGAUAUGCCUGAUGACCCAAAAUUGAACUUAAUUGCUUCAGUCACAGGAGAACUGCCUGAAGACAAACCCAGGUUGAUCCAUGGAAUUGGAAAGCCAGAUGAAGUGCUGGAGUGUGUAUCAAGAGGAGUGGAUUUAUUUGAAGGUUUCUUUCCCUAUGUAAUGACUGAGCAAGGAAGAGCUCUGACAUUCAAAUUUAAAUACAAGGUGGACCCAGAAGCAGAAGCAGAACAAAAGAAUCUUGUUGGUCCCCUACAUCAGGUACAAGACCAACAACUUAUAUCUGCUUACAACACAAUGACCAUUGAACAAUGUGAAGGGAAUCACAUCUAUUCAAUGCUGGACCGAAGUGGCUGUGGGGACAACGAGAUAAGUAAUAAGGCUUCAGACAAAGGGGGCAAGACAGUUCCUUUUACGAUCAAUUUGAAAAGUGAACAGUACCGUGCAGAUUUCAGGCCUUUGUUAGAAGACUGUUCCUGCUACUGCUGUAAGAACCAUACGCGUGCCUACCUCUAUCAUCUUCUCACAACAAAUGAGCUACUGGCUGGAGUUCUUCUCAUGAUUCAUAACCAGCAUCACUACUUUGGUUUCUUCCAGUCCAUUCGUGAUGCUGUGAGAGAUGACAAGAUGCAUCAACUUAAGGAACUCAUUAUAAAACAGAAGUUACAACAGUGACAUAUUUAAUAUAUGAUUAACAAGGGAGGAAAUGGGUGUCCAAUGUAUAAGGAUUUCAAAGCAGACAGACAUUACAAUGAGUUAUUUGGAUUUAGUGUCAGUCGGUUAUUUUGACAUUUGAUGAUACUAAUUGUAAACUGAAUACUCAGCCUCCCCAUCUCCUCCAUGUUAUGUAUCUUUCACAUUACAUUAAUGUAUAACAGUUAAAAUUGCGCACACCAUUUGAAAGCCAUGCUUUGACUCAUUAAUUCUUUGACUGAUGUGUGCAGAUUAUUUUUAAGCAAAUGUUUUACAUUAAAUGUAUUUGAGUACAAAAAGGCUAGUAACAUGUUUGACUUGGCAGAAAACCUGUCUGAUGUGAUUGUCUGUAAUUAAAUGAUUACUCCAACAAAUUUGUUGAAAUGGCAUAUUUGCCUUUUUUUCACCUUUUUAGGUUUGAGCAUUUGUCUAAUUGUGAUAAAAUAUGGUCAAGAUGUCUUGAAAUUAUUUGACAAAACUUCAUUCUUUCAAUGAAUUCCUACACACACUGUUUUAGAGUUUACAUUUUGUUGGUUGAAUAUACAAUGUAUGCACCAACAAGCAUUUUUUAAUUCUUUAUAGACACUGAUGUAUAAUUCUUGGGGCAGGAAGCAUUGUUGGAGGUUGGAAUAAUUAAAUUUGCAGCCAUUGGUUCUGAGAAAUUAAGGGCAGGGUCUGCCCAUGUGUCAUCAAGUGAGCUGUGAGGAUCAAGUCAUUCUGUCCUAAACAGGCAAACAUUGCUUUUAUGAAGCAAACCAGAAUUCAAUGCCAGUUAGAGGCUCCCCAUUAUUAAUUCCACUAGCUUUACACAUAUUGAAUCAGGACAUGAACAAUCUAACCAGUGAUUUUUUAAAGUGGUUGCUGAAGGUUACUCAAAAAAAAAAGUUGCCACUUUUUUUUCCCAAUUACAAUUUCAUAAAACUGAAAGGAAUCCGUGCCCUCUGCCUGGUUCACACAACUAUUGUGACUCUGCUGGUCAGAAUACCUGCCACUGUUUCCCCUUUUGGUAAGAAAUUAGGUAGGAGUUCUGUGUGAAUGUAUCAAGUCUUUCUUUUAGUGUCUUGGUUUAGUAAAUUUUGUAUAAAUAAUAUUCCACAGAACUUAGUAAAGUGUGUUAUUUCUGCAAACUAUCAAUGUACCAGUUUAAAUCAAUUACAUUUCAAUCUUCGAUAAUUAUUUUAAAAAUUAAGUUUGUAUGAAGCAAAAGGAACCCAUUUUAUUUAUGAGACAAAAUUGUUUGCUAGUAUGUUAGACUGUAUUUGUGUAAAUUUCUUUGCAAUUUAAAAGCAUUUCUCAAUUUGAAAGCUGUAGCGCUGCAUUUUUAUUAAAGCAAAUGUUUUGUCUAUUCUGAAGUUCUUCACUAUUAUAAACUUGUGUUAUUUCUAAUAAAAAAUGACUGAACUAUGA